UAUUUAGCUUGCUAACUAAAUAUGUAGGUUGAAACUGACACAAAUGAAAGUGUGUCAGAAAAAUGUGUUCUUUUAUACCAGAACACAUUUUACUGGUAUAAAAGGCUAUUAGUGUUGCUAAUAACAUCCCAUAGAAAUGUGUCACAUAGAGCUGCAGCUAAGCAGCCUUUAGCUUCGAAACAUGACAUGUUAUUCUAAAAUCGGUUCUCUUUAGCGCCCCCUGUGGUUGGAGCCAGCCAGAACAUCAUGGCGAUUGAUGGUGGAGAUCGUCACUGUGGAGUUCAUGAGCUGAUCUGCAUCAGAAAAGUUUCUCCGGAGGUUCUGGGCUUCCUGACGGCCAUCGCGCUCUUCAUCAUCCUCAUGACCUUCCUCUUCUGGUUCCUCAACAACAAGCUGGUUCUGCAGAACCCGGCCAACCUGCAAUGCCUCGACGAUUUCAGGAAGAACCCGGAGCCGCAAGCAGAAACGGCGUCUUGCAGUGGCGGCGAUUCUUCGGACAGCGACAGCGAGCUGCUGGGUCGGUACCAGGAGGCGGUGGGCCGCUCCCAGGGCCUCAGAGGAGCAGCGGGGGCCGUGGGCGGCGCCAGGCCCCGGGGGGGCUUCAGGUGGGAGAGCCGGCAGAACUACAGAGCCCUGACCGGAGACGGCUACAGCAGUGAGGCCUCGGCAGACGAUGCCAACUGCAUCCAGAGGAUGAGGAGAACGCCGCCGCUGGACGAGCUCCAGCCGCCUCCCUACCAGGAUGAGAACGGUUCUCCCAGGAUGUCCUGCACGAUGUCGGACCUCGGCGACGCCAAGUGCGACCUUUCCCAGACCAGCGGCAGUCCUCACCUGUCCUUUGGCAAGUGCCUGAGCGAGGGCAGCGACGGCCUGGAGAGCGAAGGCUACCUGAACAAAGGCUACGAGGAGGACGCCCCCAGCGACAGCACAGCCGUCCUCAGCCCUGAGGACACGUCGGCCCGCGGGUCAGCCGCACGCUUCCCAAAAGGCUACGAACCCGAGGCCCUCACCAAGUACGGCACGCUGGAUGUGGUGUUUGACUACGACUCGGAGGAGCAGCAGCUGACUGUGACCAUCAUGGCGGUGACCGACCUGCCCUCCAUCAAACACACAGGGAACUUCUCCUGGCAGGUGCACCUGGUGCUGCUGCCCACCAAGAAGCAGAGGGCCAAGACGGGCGUCCAGCGAGGGCCCGGCCCCGUCUUCACCGAGACCUUCCGCUUCAGCCACGUGGAGACAGACAUGAUCGGCAACUAUGCCGUCCGUUUCCGCCUCUACAGCAUCCGGCGCAUGAAGAAGGAGAAGGUGUUUGGAGAAAAGGUCUUCUACCUCACCAAGCUCAACCUCCAGGGCAAAAUGUCUGUGCCGGUCAUCCUGGAUCCAUGCUGCAGUCUCCCGGGCGGGGAGUCCCAGGUCAGCCUGUCUGACCUGACGUGCAGCGACAGCGCCUCGUCCUUCCAGUCCGGCAGUCAGACCUCGGCUCCGGAGAUCCUGGUGGGCCUGGUGUACAACGCCACCACCGGCCGCCUCUCCGUGGAAAUCAUCAAAGGCAUCCACUUCAAAAAUCUGGCCGCCAACAAGCCACCCACUGUCCAACCCUUGUUGUCAGACGGGCUGUUCUGUUGUCUCAAACACUUGGUAGGGGGACAGGUUUAUAUAAUCAGAGACACGCUGGUGAAGCUGUCACUGCUGAACUCCAUGGGUCAUGAGAUGUCCAAGUGUAAGACGUCCGUCUGCCGGGGACAACCCAACCCCACCUACAAGGAGACCUUCGUGUUCCAGGUGGCGCUGUUCCAGCUGUCCGACGUCACGCUCAUCCUGUCCGUCUACAACAAGCGCAGCAUGAAGAGGAAGGAGCUGAUUGGCUGGAUCUCCCUGGGCCUCAACAGCUCCGGGGAAGACGAGCUCAGCCAUUGGACGCACAUGAAGGAGGCCAAGGGGCGGCAGGUCUGCCGCUGGCACAGCCUGCUGGAGUCCUAACGGGGGUCGGGGGUCGUCCUGAUGUCUGUUGUAUUAUCCAUCAUGUUGUCCAUCCUGUCUACCGGUUUGUUGUCAUGGUAAUGGCAGGGAAGGACCAGAGGCUGGCCCCACUGCUCCAACUGACCCCCAGUCCUCCAUCAGAGCUGCAGCUGAUCUGUUAGCCGCUAGCUGUUAGCCGCUAGCAUCAGCUGGCUGGGCCGGCUCCUCUGGUUCAUCAUGUCAGUGGAAUUGAUGACAUCAUGAUGGUUCAGUUGGUUCUGAUUGACUUUCUACAGUUACUGGAAAACCAGUUUAAUACGUUACUGGAGCUACUGGAGCUGACAUUUCUCCCCAUGAGGAUCCAGGUCAAAUCCAAACACAUUUAGGAAUAAUGCUGAUUCUGUCUGACCCAGAGGUUCUCUCGGGUUCUGGUUCUGGUUCAGGCUCAGCUCAGGCAUCUGGCUAAAUACAAAUAAUAUAUUGAUAAAUAAAUUCAAUGCUAUAUAAUCAAUAAUCAAAUCAAAUACCAUAGAGGUAAUUUGCUUAGCACCAAAAAUUUACAUUUAAUAACAUAUGUAUUACAGUGUAAUAACCUGUUAUUAAAACAUGAACGUUUAAUGACAACAAUUUAAACAGUUUGGUAAUAUUAUAUAAUUAUUAUUAUAAUGUAACUAGUAGCAACUGCUUCUAACAAGAAGUUAACUAGCUUUAGCUUAUUUUCUAAUUAUUCAUGUUAAUAAUCCAUCAUCACAGAAACACAUUCAUGUUUACACAAUAAGUAAUUAUUCAAGAGCAAAGGAAAUUAAUACAUUGAUUACUUAUUUGUUUUAUCUUUCAACAGGUUCUUCUAUUCAACUAUUAAGUAAAUAAUUGUUGUAUAAUUGAUGUAACUAGUUGGUAGUAACAGUUUGUAGUGUUUAUAAGGGGUUAAUUACUCAAUAACGUUCCUGAGUAAUUAUAUAAUAUUACCAACUUAUUAACAACUUGCAUUUUAUUCCAGAUUAAAUCAUUUCACGUUCAGAUAAUUAAGGACAUAAACACCAAAUUUAGGUAUGAGGAAGAUAAAUAUGAAGCAGAUGUCGCUGAGCCGCCAAAGAACAACCCGGUUAAGCCCCGCCCACAUCUGUCCUACACCUGUCCAGGUGCUGAAAGCACAGGAGCCACUGCCUUACCUGAGAUGGCCCCGCCCCCAGAGCACAGGCCCCGCCCAUCAGCAUGGAGCACAAAGCCACACCCUCAGUGGGAGGGGCUACUGGAGCCACUAAAGCCACGCCCAGCCUCAGUGGGAGGGGCUACUAGAGCCACGGUGGGAGGAGUUUCAGUCCCACACAUGAAGCUGAUUGGUUCUGCAGAUCGUCUGCAGGUUUUCAUUAACAGCCAAGGGAAACGUCUUUCCUGUGCCUGUGCUGAGUUUACAGAGUGUGUGUGUGUGUGUGUGUGUGAACAGCAGGGUGUGAAUACUUCUUACUUAUUGCCCUGUUUCUGAUUGUGUGGCUUCUGCUUUCUCUCAGUGAUUGUUUCUAAUGUAUUUUUGUACUAAACAACGAGGUGAGCAGAGCAGCAGAGCCUCCGGUUCGCCCGUUCCUUUAAGACUCCAGCUGGUUGGUUCCUCAUGUUCACUAACUGAAACAUGGAUCCUCUGCUCCUCAGAUCAUCACCUCAGCUGCUCCGCCUCCAAACUGCUGGAUGACACAAAUAUUUAUAAUUUUAUGCCAAAUAUAAUAAACUCAUUGACAAAACAUGGAAAGAAAGUACGAAUGUAUUCCAACAUCAAACGGGGUAUUACUCAGAGAAACUCCUGGUAGCUGGUGAAGACUAAAGGUCAUAACUCUCCAAUCUGAAAGCCUCUUCACUAGAAACAAGAUGGCCGCCACAAGCUCCAAAAUAUAUAUACUUUCUUUGUCUUCUGUUAGAUUUUUCUGGUAGAUUUUGAAAAAUGUCCUCCAGAAAAAUGGAGAAUCUGUCAGAACUGAAAUCAGAACUGAGCCCACCACUGAUAUUGGCAGUGGUGGGCUCAGCUAGUCAAACGUUAGCUUCACUGACCCACUUCUCCAACAAACUAACAUCUGCUAGCACUAAACAUAUCAAAACUGGCCAAUAGCUGGUUUAAAAGGCUUGUUAACAGCGGCCAUCUUGAAAGAUUUCCAGUGAUCAGCUAUGUUGGGAUCUACAGGCUAAUGUGGUUCAGUUUGGGUUUCUCCUUUGACGGUGGUUCUGAAUCUGCUGUGAGUUUCUAUAAGCCGGUAAGGUUUUUACCAGGAGGGGGUGUACUUCCAGGACCAACGUUCUGGUUUGGACCCGGUCUGGUUCUGAUGCAGGUCAGUAGAGGGUUCUAGCCGGCAUCAGGAGCGCCAUCGGCCCUGCAGAGGAAACUAGCUGAAAGUUCUGGUUCCGGUCCUGGUGGAGGUCCCACUGGUUCUGGGUCCAAUCUGUGUUCUGUCAGUGGGUGGACCUGCUGUCUGAGCAGCGCCUCCUGCUGGUGAUCGGCAGCUCUGACUCAGUGGUUUCAGGAAAUAGACAGAGACCAUUCGUCAAGGAGACGGUGCUGGUGUUGUGGACCCGUUAGUGAUCCGGUUCCUCUGGUUCCGCUGCUUUGUUUAGAUGUAAUUGCUGCUCUGACCUCGUUGUUUCUUGUUUCUGUGGGAACGACCUUUGCCCUCGGCGGCAUCGGUGCCUUACUGUUUCAACUUGUCUUAAUAUUCCUGGAAAUUAACUUUUCUCCUGUAGUUAUGAUUGAGUUUAAUUUUAAAAACGUUUUUGAAUUUACAAGUAAGAAUUUGUAUGUGAUGAUGUUACUGAAUAAAAAAGGAAAUAAACUUUU